AUGGCUGAUAGGAUCAGCAGUUUGCCAGAUGAUAUCCUUUGUGACAUUCUGUCUUCUCUUCCAACAAAAGAAGUAGUUGCAACCAGUGUUCUCUCCAAGCGCUGGAUCCAUCUAUGGCGUUCAGUUCCCUCUUUCCAUUUCGACUAUGUUGGAGACCUCUUUGAUCGUGACAAAGACUUCGAUGACUAUACUCGUUUUCUUGAGUCGGUGAACUCUUUUUUGCUUUCUCGCAAUAGAGACCAACCCAUCCAUAGAUUUCGUUUCAAUUGUUUCUCUAAGUUUUAUGAUACUACAGAUAUCCUGACUUCGGUCAAUGCUGCAAUGAGUGGUAGAGUUCAACAUAUGGACAUUAAUCUGCACUUCACACAUGUGUUGCCAUCUGUGGUGUUAAGCUGCAAAACUCUUGUAGUUCUCAAAUUGGUGUCCACAAGAGUGGCAGAUAUUUCCUCUGUUGAUUUUCCCUUGCUUAAGAUCUUGCACUUGUUUUCUGUUAGUUUUUCAGGAGAUUUAGAUCUGCAGCUUCUCUCUGGGUGUCCUAAUCUUGAGGACUUGGAAGCUAAGCAUGUAGACUGUGAAACUAUAGGAAAGUUUAACAGAUUACCCAAGUUGGUUAGGGCAAGCAUCCAUGAACAUUUACUUCCAUUGGAAAUUGUUAAGGAUGUUGAAGUUUUAUUCAUAGAUUCGAUAGAUCACCAAAACCUGGAUUUUGAGUUUCAGAAUUUAGUUCAACUUAAAUUGACUUUGGGACUUGGCAUGGAUUGGUUUGGGGUCUUGGAAGUGCUCAAGCAUUGUCCAAAGCUUCAAACUCUCGCCAUUCGCAUUUUAUUAAUAUAUUUUUAUGAUUGUUUUUAUCAGGUUUUGUAUUUAUUUGACCGGAAAGGCCAUGAAGUAGUUUGGCAAUUCCCAGAAACUGCUCCUGCAUGCAUUUCAUUACACCUCAAAACCUGCUUUCUUGAAGGUUACAAUGGUUCUGCAGAUGAGCUUCAAUUUCAAAAGUAUAUUAUGGAGAAUGCAAAAUAUUUACAGAGCAUGAAAGUUUGCCCUCAUUUUAAUCUUACUCAUGAGGAAAAACAUGAUAUGAUAAAUGCUUUAAAUUCAUUCGAGAAUAGUUUUACACUUGAAUAG